AUGGCUUCUCCAGAUCCAGGAUUUAAUUCUCUUGCCUCUUGGGUUGUGUUUCUCCUGCUCCCGUGGACCUUUGCUGAAGGUGGAAAGCUUUUGGUUGCCCCUGUCGAUGGCAGCCACUGGCUCAGCAUGCGCCCGGUUGUGGAGCGGCUCAGACAGAGGGGACAUGAAAUCGUGGUGAUUGCGCCCGAGGUGAAUCUGCGGAUAGAUUCUUCAGUGCAUUAUACCAUGAAAAAAUACUCCGUCCCUUACACCAAGGAGUACAUGGAAGCAGAAUUUAAAAAGAUGGGCCACAACAGUUUUACACGUCAAUCUUUCUUGGAAAAAUUAUCAAGAAUUGCAAAUAUUACAACUAUGUUCCUUGGUUCCUGCAAACGUCUUCUGUCUGACAAGGAGCUGAUCAGAGACCUGGAAGAAAGCAAAUUCGAUGUUGUCUUUAUGGAUCCUUUUUUCCCAUGUGGACAGAUAGUGGCCGAACAUCUCUCCCUCCCUUCGGUGUACUUGGUACGGGGACUGCCGUGCAGCCCAGAGUUCCAGGCCACCCUCUGUCCAAACCCUCCUUCUUACGUUCCCAGGUUCUUCACUCACUACACGGACCGCAUGGCGUUCCUCCAGCGCGUGGGCAAUCUCUUAGCUACCCUGAGCA